GAAAGGGGAGCGCUUCCAAUUUCCCCCUUCCCUGGAGCGGAGUUCUCGGUGGCUGUGAGAUGAAGAAUCAAACUGAGUUUUGAGAUUUAGGAUGUGGGCACUUUGAAAUGCCCACCGGGUACCGCUUGGAUGCCAAAUCAAAAAUACGAAUAUGCAGCACGAUUUUAAACCAACUCGAAGUUCUCGAAAGGCGGAAUUGGGAUGUGCUAGAUCGAGACUAGGCCCCGGUGGCACCUGAGUUUGGGAAUUGUUGAGGCCCGGGUAACGGGUAACGAAGCAAGAGAUGUGGGGGUUUUGAAAUGUAGCUUUUUAUUCUUGGCUCCUCCCUUUCCAGCCUACACCUUAAACCUCUGCUGAUCCAUCAGUUCUCUUAUAGGAGCUGUUGGUGGUCUGUGCAAAUAUGAAUCCCUUGAGGUGGAUUUCUAAAAUUGAAUUUGAGCUGUGGAAGGGGCUUUAGGGAGGUUGUUGGCUCCCUCUGUUUACAGAUGGAGAAACAGACAAGGAAAGCUAAUUGCCUGAGCUGUCUGUGAAGCCAGGUGUCCUGCCGUGGAGUCCCGGGCUGCAUCAUACGGGUCCAUCGUGUUGGUCAAGCUGUAGAUCAGUGUAAGGAGUCAUUUGAAGCAAAGCCCGGGAGAUAUGGAAGUUCUGGAAUCCGUGUGAAUGUGCACCUGCCUUAACCACUCAACACUUUGAACUUCUUAUAUAUAAAAAGAGAAUGAAACAUGUUAAUUUAUGUGGUAGAGCUUUGUGUUCAGUAUGGACAGAAUGAGGAGGGAAUGGUAGGCGAGCUUAUAGCCUUCUGCACCAGCACACAUAAAGUUGGCCUUACCUCAGAGAUCCUGAACUCUUUUGAGCAUGAGUUUCUGAGCAAAAGAUUAUCAAAAGCCCGGCACAGUGCCUGCAAGGACAGUGGCCAUGCGGGAGCUAGAGACAUUGUUUCCAUUCAAGAGCUAAUUGAAGUGGAAGAAGAAGAGGAAAUCCUCUUGAACUCUUACACCACACCCUCAAAGGGUUCUCAGAAGCGAACUAUCUCCACCCCAGAAACCCCCCUAACAAAAAGAAGUGUAUCAACUCGUAGCCCCCAUCAGCUCCUCUCACCAUCAAGUUUCUCUCCAAGUGCUACUCCCUCCCAGAAAUACAACUCAAGAAGUAACCGAGGAGAAGUGGUUACCUCCUUCGGCUCAGCACAGGGAGUAUCUUGGUCUGGGAGAGGAGGAGCUGGAAACAUCAGCCUGAAGGUCUUGGGGUGUCCAGAGGUACUAACAGGGAGCUACAAAUCCAUGUUUCAGAAGCUCCCAGACAUUCGAGAAGUUCUGACAUGUAAGAUAGAAGAACUCGGCAGCGAACUCAAGGAACAUUAUAAGAUUGAAGCUUUCACUCCUUUGCUAGCCCCAGCACAGGAGCCUGUCACUCUGCUGGGCCAGAUUGGCUGUGAUAGCAACGGGAAACUGAACAACAAGUCAGUGAUUCUCGAGGGAGACCGGGAACAUUCCUCGGGUGCUCAAAUCCCAGUGGAUUUAUCUGAGCUUAAGGAAUAUUCUCUGUUUCCCGGACAGGUUGUAAUUAUGGAAGGAAUCAACACCACUGGUAGGAAACUUGUUGCCACCAAACUCUAUGAGGGUGUGCCACUUCCAUUUUAUCAGCCCACUGAAGAGGAUGGAGACUUUGAGCAAAGCAUGGUCCUGGUUGCCUGUGGGCCAUACACCACGUCUGACAGCAUCACGUAUGACCCCCUGCUCGACCUGAUUGCUGUCAUCAACCAUGACCGGCCAGAUGUCUGCAUCCUGUUUGGCCCUUUCCUGGAUGCUAAGCAUGAGCAGGUGGAGAACUGUCUACUGACAAGUCCGUUUGAAGACAUUUUCAAGCAGUGUCUACGUACAAUUAUUGAAGGCACAAGAAGCUCCGGCUCCCACCUUGUGUUUGUCCCAUCGUUGAGAGAUGUGCACCAUGAGCCUGUGUACCCCCAGCCACCUUUCAGCUACUCCGAUCUGUCUCGAGAGGACAAAAAGCAAGUACAGUUUGUGUCCGAGCCCUGCAGCCUGUCCAUAAAUGGAGUGAUCUUUGGCCUGACGUCUACGGAUCUGCUGUUCCACCUGGGGGCCGAGGAGAUCAGUAGUUCUUCUGGAACUUCAGACAGAUUCAGCCGAAUACUCAAGCACAUCCUGACCCAGAGAAGCUACUACCCGCUCUACCCACCCCAAGAAGACAUGGCCAUUGACUAUGAGACGUUCUAUGUCUAUGCACAGCUGCCUGUCACCCCAGAUGUCCUUAUCAUCCCAUCAGAGCUAAGGUACUUCGUGAAGGAUGUCCUCGGCUGUGUCUGUGUGAACCCCGGGCGCCUUACCAAAGGGCAGGUGGGAGGCACCUUCGCCCGACUCUACCUCAGGAGGCCAGCAGUGGACGGAGUGGAGAGGCAGAGUCCGUGCGUUGCCGCGCAGGUCGUCAGGAUCUGAGGCUUCUGUCCUCUGCUGUGUGGGCCCUUAAAGUCUUAGCCAAGAGCCAAGACGUAGCCCUGUGACAAGGUGAACAGUUGGGUAGGAAAGGAGAGAGGAGCCAGCCAGGGAGGGGCAGCUGCAGGGACCAGGCCCAGCAGGGAGGGCUUGUGCAGCCAGGCCUGCCUGUGAGUGGAGCCUCUCCUGGAAGGAGGCUGUUGCCUCUCAGUCCAUGCUCCAGGUACAGAAGUAAGCCAGCUGUGGAUCCCGCCCACUCAGAAAAGGCGGGAAGGCUUUGUGAUUUUCUGCAUGAAUCAAACGCAGAAACAACUUUUGGAGAAAUUAAAUUCUGAGUGUGACUUCUGAGUUUGACCUUUCUUCUA